AUGCUGUGUGGUGGAGACCGUGAGAAGGGAGACGUCGCGAUGGAGGAGAAAUGGGACUAUGUGAAUUUGGACGACUUUAAAUCGGAGUCUUGCCUGACGCCCUUCUCAUAUUUCUUCUUAUGGGUGUUCCUAUUUAUCUCAAUCGCAGUCUACGGUGUCGAUACAUUCACUGCAGUCAACUUGCUGGCUUUCUCUCGAUGGUCCGGUAGAGUUGAACCCGCCAUUCCCUUCAAUAUCUCCCGUUGGAUUUUCGCCGCCUGCAUUAUUGCUUCGUUCAUUCUUUUGGCCUACCGAUGGAUACAUGCCGUCCGCGCCAUCCGAUCGGGUAGUAUUACUCGCAGCUUCCUGGAUCCGCUGGCCGUGCGUAUUCAGAGUAUUCGAUUCGGCAGGCGGGGUCGUGGGUACAGGAGAUUCCUUGUCUUCGCUGAAUUAACCAAAGACAGGAAAGCGGCAGAAUAUGUUGCUCUUUAUGCAUACUUCUCUUUCCAGUUCUGGAUGAACACGAUCUUCGCAGAUGGCCCGCGUCAAGUUCUCAAUGCCAUCACUCUCUAUUCGGUCAUGCAAAUGGACCUCAUUCCUGGGGGAAAGAAUGCAGCCCAUGAUGAUGGAAGUUCCUCGGCUGCUCAAUUCUUCAACAACGUUAAGAUUUUGGCCGAGGACAACACCCUUCAAGCUGUGGUCUUGUUCGGUAUGCUUUUCACCCUGGUCAUUUGGGUCCUAUCGGUUCUCAAGUUGAUCUCGGCAAUUGUACUCUACUUGAUCUUCCUGUUCCACCACAUCCCAGCGGAAGACGGUACUCUUUCGAGGUACUGCCGUCGAAAGGUUGGCCAACGUCUGAAGCGCAUCGUGCACCGCAAGAACAAUAAGGCCCUGGCAAAGGGACUCAAAUUACAGAACCGAGCACCCACUCAGCCAUCGCUAGCCACGGAUUCGAACCCGACUCUGCCGUCUUUCGCCGAAGACAAGGUCCCUGCAGUGGCUUCGUUGUCGCGAAGUACUACCCAGACUACUUUGCCGCCUUACUCGCGAUCGACUUCGACAGCGCCGACGCACAACCCGACACUGCCGAAUCUGGACUUCGAUGCCAAACCAACACUGGCCCGAACCGGGACUUCUUCUUCAGCUAUGUCCGAGUCCGCUUCACUGACCGGCAAUGCGGCCGGAAUGGGAUACACUCCCCUUGAUGGGCAGAAACCGACGCUUCCGACACUUCCCCCGGUCCCUCCCUUACCGGCUAACGUUCCAUCACGGAAGGCCACUCCUCACUCUCAAGCGACUCCUGCGCCAUAUGGCAAUGAUGGUCGUAAUACCCCCGGCCCUGGAUAUCGCAACCUGACUGAUAGCUCUGGUUCUCGAGCAUAUCAGAGUCACACCCCAGCGCCCGAUUAUUCUUCGGCUGACAUGGACCCAUCCGAUGAUUACGAUCAUUACAACCGUGGCGAUGCGCCAGCCCACUACGACCCAUACGGUCCUCCGAGGGGUACAUACGGCGGAGAGGACGAAUAUGGAGCAAGAUACGCGCCUCCCGGUGGCCAGAGAGGUCCGCCUCGCACACAGCAAGAUUACUAUCCACAGGAUCCAUACGAUACAAGAUCCUAUACGCCGGCCGGCACUGGUGCGACGCCUGCUCCUUACCGAACAAACACCCCGGCAAGCUACCAACCACCGCCCCCACAAGCAGCCGCAUACGGACAGCCACCACAAAGGACGCACACUCCAAUGAGUGCAGCAACUCCCGCUCCUGAAAACGGUGGCUAUACAGCUUUUAACCCGUCGAUGGCUCAUCAUACACCCCAGCCUCGCUCCCAGGGACCUCCUGGUCCGUCCAGCUAUACUCGGGCAAAUACCGCUUCGCCCUCGGCCAUGCAUUGCGCUCCGCCAGGACACACAUUCAAUCGCGCAAAUACCCACCAAUAUUGA